AUGUCUCCUAACAGCGAUAAUGCCAUGGCUCGCUUCUUGUUCGCCAUUCUGAAGCAAAAGAACCUCAAAGAUAUUGAUUGGAGUCAAGUGGCUGCCGACCCCGUCCUCAUCGAGCCCAUCACCAACGGCCAUGCCGCGAGAAUGCGGUACUCCCGCUUCCGAGCUACCGUCACCGGCCACACACCGUCAAAGAGAGGUCGGCCAUCAGAGAAGGCAAAGUCAGGCAAGGUGAAGAAGGGUGUGCAGGCAAAGAAGGAGAAGCCAAUCAAGCAAGAGCCGGUCUCAGCAAACAUCUCUUCAUUUGCUCAGUUUUCUCCUGAAUCCCUCGCAUCACUCACAUCACCUUACAUGGAUGAAUGCGACGAUUUCGACCCGCGCUUCCUCACACCCUGCAGUGAAGACAUGACUCAGGGAUUGUCCAUCCCUCCAUCUGCUCUCGAUGACAUCCGACACACGAGCGGAUUGAUGUUCCCUCCUCUUGGUGGCAACUCAGACUUCAUGAGUCAUGCUGGCCAUGACCAUGCCUCUACCUCUGCGUUUGACGCUGCCUACGACCUGAACUUUGCUUCGGGAGACCUUCACAGCCAGGGCCUGUCUCUCACUGGCGGAUCCCAGCCCCUCGGUGACUGGGACGAUCGAUUGAACGACCAACAAUACUAA